AUGGAUGAUGACGAGGCUUUCCUCUAUGGGGAUGAUGCGCCCGAGACUGCGGUCGAAGUGGGCAAAUCGGCUAGUAGCCAAUCGGCCCAACCGGUCACACAACCUACCCAGCCAUCAAACGCGCCGGGAAAGCUCCUUUCGCCUCCCCCUUCCACCAGUGUGCAGACUACAUCGGACCAAGUUCAUCGCGCUUUUGAGCUCGCCUCGAACACUCUCAUACCUCCCGAUCCUUUUCCCAUCCCACUCCCAUCUCGUUCCCCAGAACCUGCAACUGUUCCGCUCACACAGGCUCUCCCACCACAAUCCGAAAUCGGCGAUCACAGCCAAAGCCAAAGCCUAAAUAUCGACGGCACUGGUCUGGUCGACGAUGAGGCUGAAGAUGAUGACGAUGAAGCGGGGGAUGAGCAUGGACUGCUGGAUGAAGACUCUGACGAGGAUCUAGAUAUCAUCUUAGAAGGAGAUACCUCAGUCGCUCCUUCGGCACCCCCCUCACGUCCUUCAACCCAACCCAUGCGUUUCGAAACUCCUCGAGAUUCUGUUCCUUUGGGUCGACCCCUCGAGCAACUCAAUGUUACCACAGAAUACAAACCGCUUGAACGAGUCGACUUGAAGCUUGCUGAGCCGACUUCUGCCUUGCCCCUCAAGCCUAGUCCUAUUCCGGCCACCCAGGCUAACCCAUCUCCUCGGCACGCUCCCAACUUCAACAGCCACAACAGACUACCUACCCCUGAGAAUUUUCCGGUCUCAGGUACUCCUCCUCCUCAGCCACCCGCAGAACUGAAGCCGCCAGAUGUACAAGCCGAAAAUCCAGCGAUUCCAUCUGGCUAUGAUGACAAAGAUGGAUCUGCGUUGAUGAACUUUGAUUUUGAUGCCCUCCCCGAAAGUGAAAAGGGUUGGAAAAAGCCUGGCGCUCAUCUUGCAGAUUGGUUCAAUUACGGCUUUGACGAAACCACUUGGAGAACAUAUGUCAUGAAGCAGAAGCGGAUGCGCAAGGAAGAAGGCUGGGCUGCGAAUCCGUUCGCGGCAUUCGCCAUGGGGAACAUAGAGCAAGCUUGGGCAGGACUUCCGCCAGAACUGAAGGAUGUCAUGAUGGGAAUAAUUAUGGGGAGUUCUUCGGGAUCGAGAAACAAUAACCAUGCUUCACAAAUUCCUCCAUUGAUACCUCCGAUGAUGGCGAUGAAUCCCAUGAUGCAAGGAAUAGAAAUGGGGGGAUACGGUAUGCAGGGAAUGUCUAACAUGAUGGGUGGUGGCAACCCACAAAUGAACGGUGGACAUAAUCCUGGCUUGAAUAACCAACACAAUGAGGGCGCUAGUAGAGUCAUUAAACAAGACCCAGGCGGUGCUUCUGAGCAGACAGAAGAUUCGCCUGCCCUCUACGGUGAUGACAUGGACCCGCGAGAGCAACGCCAUCAUGAGCAACAAAGGAUACAGGACCAGAUGCGACAUAUCCAGCAUAUGAACCACAUGGGUAUGGCCGCUGGCUUCAUGCCUGGAAUGGAUCUUGCUGCAAUGUUCGGGAACCAAGAUCAUCCGAUGUUCAUGAACGGGCCGUCUUUUAACGGGAUGAUGGAAAUUCCACAGAUGCCGCACAUGCAACAUAUCCCGGCGCAAAUGCAGCAACAGCAGCAACAACAACAACAACAGCAGCAGCAGCAGCAACAACAACAACAACACCAACAGAAACAACAACAGCAGCAACAACAACAGCAGCAACAACAACAACAGCAGCAGCAGCAGCCAAUUGUACCUGGUCUUCCAAUCAAGGUGACCAUGCCGCCUGGCGUGAUUUCUACACCUACCAGCACAUCGGUCAAUGCAGCGAUGGUAGUUCAAACGGGCGCCCGAUCCGACUCGCCCGGAAUCCCCAGUACGACUGCGAUCUCGCCAUCUGCGCCGGGCCCAGUGACACAUACGGCGACGCCCGCCGGCUCGCCGAGCUUAGGAUCAACGUCUAGUCCGGCAAGCGCAAGAGGACGAGGAGCAAGACUUGCCGCAAGGCCUAGAGGGAGCGCUCAAGCAAGUGCCUUCUUGGCUGCCGCUGCCGCUCGGGGUCGGGGCAGGGUGAUAUCCGCCUCGAAUUCUGUCACCCCACUGGCCCCUGGUCCCGCUACUCCAACACUCAGCCCCAAGAUCGAUCCACCAGUUCAACUCACACCAGCGACUCUACCUGUGACGACUACCCCAGUAUCUUCGGUACCAUCCACUAUCGCAGGCCCAACCGACCGAGCAUCCGCCCGGCCAGUAUCACCCCUACCGUCGAACGUUCCUACAGGACCCCGACGAACGGUGCCCGUGAGUAGUGUCCCACCUCCUCGGGGACCACGUGGCACGGGUGGAUACUUCGACAAAGAUGCAGCUGGUGGGCGUGGAGAUGAAGGAUUGGACUAUGGCGGGGGUGGCGGAGAUAGUCCACGUGAGGAUCGCAAAUCGAUCAGUCGUAGACACAGCCACAAGAGCGACCGAGAAAAAUCAGAGAAGGAUUUUCAAAGGUUCGAGAAAGGGGAAGACCCGGGGGAUCGAUCCCGGUCGAAAUCGAGGGAUAAGGAGCUCGUCGACGAGAAAGACAUGUCCCACAAAUUCCCCAAGUCCCGUCAUCGACAUCGUGCGCGCUCCAAAUCUAGGGACCCUGCCGAGCAUCGUAGUGGCCGAGAAAAGAGCGAGAAAGACAAAGAGGAGGGCGGGCAUAAGUCUGGCAAAGGUUCUAAUGGGGGCAGAAGGAGUCGGCGGAGUCGUCGGGCAACCGAGGGCGAUGAGAGAGAGGAAGAUCGCUCACCCCAUGAAGCUGGCGAUGACCGCGACAAGGACAAGGAAAGACUCAAGGAGAAAGAGCGGGAUCGGGAGCGGGAUCGGGAUAAGGAUCGGGACAAAGAGAAGGAAAGGGACGAGGAUGAUCAUGGCGACGCCGACUAUUCAGCUCCUGCAAACUCUGGCUCUCGCAAACGAAAGCCCAAGGAAGAUCGGAGCAGUCGAUCAAAGAGGGAACGAGCUGACUGA